AUGACUGAAGCGCAGGGAACCAAUGGCGAACUUCAGUAUUCUAUACCGCAGCUAAGAAAUUCCAAGGCAUGCGAGCGAUGUGGAAAGACCUUCUUCCAGACUAAGAAGACGAACUGCUACAAUUGCGGUGUCCAGUUAUGCGUCGACUGCAUGUAUGCGCUUGACGAGAAAGGGCUGAAGGGCCUCAGCAUCAAGACCCUGAAGCGGUACCUACAGGCCUACAACAUUAACACUCACGGCAUGCUUGAGAAGGACGAACUGAUCAAGGCCAUUAUGGCGCACCGUCCUAUUCCCGAGGUAUCAGAAGUCUACUUCCGGACCCAUACGCCAGAAACCGUUGACGAAUGGGCAUCCUUGCACGACGAGUUCACGAGCGGCACAGCAGCCUCGAUGUCCGGCGGAUCAUAUCUCGACAAGUUCUUUGCAAAGCUCAGGAUCAAGGAUGAUGCCCUUGCAGCAAAACCUCAGGCACAGUCUUCAUCUCAGCAGCGACCGGAACCAGGAGCGGCAUCAGCACCAGCAUCAAAACCAACGGGACCAGUACCAUCCAAGGAGCCCAAGACUCCACCUUCGACCCCUCCUCGGCCGCACAGUGUAUCGCAACCUCAGCAGAAGCCUCAAGCCCAUCCUCAAGCCCAGCAGCAAUCCCAGCAGCAACAAAAACCUCAAAUUCAAUCAACUGGUGCAUAUCCAUAUCCACAUAUGCAAACACCACCGAAACCGGAAGGGACUUCCACAUAUACCCAAGUGCCGCCACCACCCAAAGGGCCAUACUGGACCAGGACAAUGCCAACCCCAAAUAUUCCAAGAUACAAUCCCUCUGGAGGUCCACUGCCCUUUGUCCCUCCUACUGCAGCACAACAGCAGGCAUAUGGAGCGCAUUCACCUGGGGCUUACCCACCUGGGGUGUACCAGACGUCUUCACAGCCGUACCAGGCGUAUCCGGUGUAUUCGCAAGAAAUACCAACAAGCUAUCAUACGUUCCCAUCACACCAGUAUCCACAGUUGGGACAAGAAAAACUCAAGAGUGAACAGGAAGGUGGGUCCAAGGGUCAGGCUUCGUCCACAGCAGGACCAGCGGCAAGCACCAGCGCAUCAUACGAGGACGAUAGUACCUGCAAGAUCUGCUAUGAUGCGCCUUUGGACUGCGUGAUGCUCAAUUGCGGCCAUUUAUCAACGUGCAUGGAUUGUGGCAAACAAAUUAUGGAUAAAGAUCGAGCCUGUCCCAUCUGCAGAGAAUACAUUCUCAAACUUCUCCAGGUCUUCAGAGCUUGA